AUGGACACCCGACCCGAUUCACGACCAUGCUCUCCACGCUCUCAGCACACUUCCUCGUCAUUUACAUCAACCUCAUCAACACCACCACCGCCAACCCACCCGCUCACAACUUCCAACCUCUCCAGCCUCAACAGCAGCCUCAACUCCCUGGACAACAAAUCCCUAGUCUCGCCUCCUUCUAACAACACUCACGACCUCAUCCUCUCAUCCCUCACUGCAACAAUGUCCAACAACUCCUCCUCCUCCAACCGCAACUGGAACGACCUUCUCAAGCACGGUUCCGCCCUCGGCAUCCUCAAGCCCGACGUAGCUUUCCCCCCUUACGGCGGCAGCACGACAAGUGGAACGGGGGCUAGCGGUGGAAGUGGAAGUGGAAGUGCAAGUGCUUCUGGGUCGGGGGGACAGAGUGGGAGUUCGUAUCCUGCUGGGGGGCAAACUUCGCGGAAAUGA